UUUUCCCUUUACCACGGUUGUACAUUAGCAUUAAUUAUCAGUAUUUCCCACAUUCCACGUUACUGGUUACGGACGCACCCGGUCAGUUACAGGCGCUGCCUAUUCGAAUCCCACGACCUUCUGAAAUUAAACGGAGUCUUCUCUGUCGUCGAGCGUAUUAUUUCGUGUUCUUGCAUUAAAUCGAUCCGGUGUAGGCAGCAGUGCAUUUAUAUCUCACCUAAAGUGGAGUGAAAUCCCAUUGUACUAAAUUAUUCCAACGAUCGUUCGUCAGAAUUAUUUUCGACGCGUUUGACCCAGAAUUCCGCGUAAAUUUGAUGUGUAGAACUUCGAGGUUAAGCAAGUUAUCGCGUGUCCAGCCUGGGGAAUUGUGAAACUGCGCAUGUUCCUGAAUAUAUUUACGGGGAUUAUCUAGUGUUCGCGCGGUGUGCAGUGGCGUGACGAACCCGGCGCUAGCUGUAUUUUUAUUCGCAGUUACACGAUGUCCCAAUGCAAAAUAUUUUUGGACAAUUACACAGGACAAUAUCUAUGUGGUUCACCUAUUCAGGGGAGGGUACUGCUGAACUUUAGUUCCCAAACUCCUCUAAGAGUAGUGAAAGUGAGAGUUAUCUGUCACGAGCACACGGAAUGGCUGGGAACCGAGUCCUACUACGACAGUGAAGAAAAAACUCAUAAAUCUAGAGACGUCGUAUUUAAGGGCGACAGUGAUGUGUUUACUGACGGAAUAAUGCUUUAUGGCGAUCAACAUUCAACUACAGCCCUGUCAAUGGGUCAACACAUCUACCCUUUUACGAUUCGAUUACCACAGAAUAUACCCGGUACCUACCAAUCGGAAAAGGGAUCGGUUGUCUAUAAGAUUUCAGCGAUCGUUGAUAGGCCGAUGGCGUUUGACUAUGAGGACGAGAUAGUGAUCGUGGUGCAUUCACCGAUAGAUCUAGGUGCGCUGGGAAAACCGGAACUUUUAAGACCAACUUCAUAUUCGGAUGAGAAAACAUUAUGUUGCUGGUGUUGCGCUCAGGGACCCAUAUCGAUGGACAUCGAGCUUCCUAAAAAAAUUAUAGUACCGGGCGAGACCGUUGAAGUUCAAAUUAGAGUUACCAACAUGUCCAACUCAAACGUGGAAGGUGUUAAAUUAGAGCUAAAACAACGAAUCACAUAUAAAGCGAUGGAUCCAAGCAGAGAUGAAAAAUUAGACACACAUGUGCUGGUCGACUUAAGUGAUGUAGGGGUGGGAGCGCACGGCGAAAACACUUACGCUUUCAAGGUUAAUCUACCACCAAAUGUGUCCAUUCCGAACUUUGCACAGUGUAGAUUAUUUAAAUCGGAGUACAUGUACAAGGCCGUGGCUAAACUUCCAUCGAUUCAUCGUCAUCUCGAGAUAAAAAUGUACCCAGAAGUAGGACACAUUGCUCCGUCUCAGGGUCAGCCUCCCUCCUACGGUGCAGCGCAGCCGCCGGUGGCGACCGCGCCACCAGAAGUUUCGGGAACGUAUUCGUCUUCCAAUAUUGGUUGGGCACCUCCAACUGCACCACUGAUAGAUCUUAAGGAACAGGAGGCGAGUCGAGGAUAUGGAACGAAUGGCCAAUUCGAGCCACCUCCACCUUCGUAUGGCAGUCUCGGAGUGUAAAUCGACAAAAUAAAAUAUUGAGGUCGUUAAGUCGAUGUUUUUAAAUAUGUUAUAUUUGUUAUACAUAGGCAAGCAAAGUUUCAAGUCCAGUGUGUAAGUAUAAGAUUACAUUCUUUUUAUUAAUACUAUAUAUUACCAAAUAAAGUUGAUU